GUUGUCAGAUAAGAAUCACAAACAAGCAGAACCGAAUGACUCUUGGAUUCUUCGUAUGUUAUUCAGGUCGGGGCGAUUUCGUCGGAGGCAUAGACAAUGAGGCCCUGGACUUCUCGCAGUUGGAAGAUUUUAUCAACAGCGACAGCGAACAACCAGCCACGUAUUUCGCGGAUACAUUGGCUCACAAUGAGAACGGGGGUGGAGCAACGACGCACGGUCGCGUGGAGGUGGCAACCACUCAACAACCACCGUCUCGAUUACCAUCGCCGAUUACCCAAAGUCAUCCGGUCUCGAGUACGUGCACAUCCGGUACCAACACCGUACCAAAUGGUGCUGCUUACAAGGAUCCGCAAUCGUACGUUCUCCCACAUGCAUUACCAGAAAGCCCACCCGAUAGUGGCAGCGAACCACCAUAUUCACCGCCAGGUCACAACGAUACACAACAUGUACAUUCACCGCAUCAAAAGGUAGCUCUUCAAGAAAUGCUUCUUCAUCAUCAAGGCAAUCAGGCAAAUUAUGCACCAAAUUUAUUACCGUCCUCGCAAAGGGCUUUAACAUCUUCUACGGAUUCGAUGCUACUAACUCAAACUGUGUUGACGCCUCAUCUCGCUCCAGGAACACCAAAUAUUCAAUCGCAGCAGCAAAUAGGACAGACUUUAGUACCUCUACCACACGAGCAUAGUCCUGGUAACAUGAACACAUUAUAUUCGUCGCUACAAUCGGCGCCCAAGAAAAGAAAAUUAAGCCAGGAUGGUCUUGUCCAUGUGAAGCAGGUGCAACGAGAACCUGAAUUGGGUACCGUGGAGCAUAGCUGCAGUAGCAGCAGUGCAGUUAUCGACAGCGACGAAGUGGCCGAUAAUAGCUAUAUAGACGCUAGUUACCAGUGCAUCCGAUUUCAUCCCUUUCAGCAAACUUCCUGGCACGUUCUCUGCGAUCAUAAUCUGAAGGAACUUCCGGUGCCUCAUUAUCGGGUCGACGCGGACAAGGGAUUCAAUUUCAGCAAUUCCGAUGACGCAUUCGUAUGUCAGAAGAAAAAUCACUUUCAGAUAACUUGUCACGCUCAGCUUCAAGGCGAAGCUAUAUUCGUUCGAACUGGCGAAGGUUUGAAGAAAAUAAGUAGCUUCCAAUUGCAUUUUUACGGUGUCAAAGUCGAGUCUCCGACGCAAACGAUCAGAGUCGAGCAAAGUCAAAGCGACAGGAGCAAGAAACCAUUCCAUCCAGUGACAGCUGCUUUCAGGGUGGAACUAGGCGGCGAGCGUGUUACGAAGGUAACUGUUGGACGUCUUCACUUCAGCGAGACGACUAGUAACAACAUGCGAAAGAAAGGGAAACCGAAUCCAGAUCAAAGAUAUUUCCAUUUGGUUGUCGGUCUGCAUGCUCACACUGCUGAUCAAGCUAGCUAUCAGGUGGUAGCUCAUGCAUCCGAAAGAAUAAUCGUCAGGGCAAGUAACCCCGGUCAAUUCGAGUCGGAAGGCAGUGGCGUGGGCGGCGAGGGUGGUUGGCAAAGAGGAGCAGCACCGGACAGUGUUUAUCAUACUGGUCGAGUUGGAAUUAACACCGACAGGCCUGACGAAGCUCUGGUUGUUCAUGGCAAUAUGAAGGUGACUGGCCAUAUUGUCCAACCCAGUGAUGCACGAGCGAAACAAAACGUACAGGAAGUGGACACGCGUGAGCAAUUGCGAAAUGUGCAACAGCUGAGAGUGGUUCGUUACAGAUACGCGCCAGAAUUUGCGCAACAUUCCGGUCUGGGUAUCAAACAGCAAGAAGACACGGGUGUCAUUGCGCAGGAAGUGCAGCAGAUAUUACCGGAAGCUGUGUUGCCUGCUGGAGACAUUGUCCUUCCAAAUGGCCAGAGAAUCGAGAAUUUUCUGCUGGUGAAUAAGGAGAGGAUAUUCAUGGAGAAUGUCGGUGCUGUGAAAGAACUGUGUAAAGUGACGGAUAGCUUGGAAACUCGCAUAGAUCAACUGGAGCGAAUAAAUAAACGGUUGGCGAAGCUGAAAAGGGGCGAUAGUCUAAAAAGUUCGAUUAGUACAAUCUCUAGUAUAUCAAGUAACAAAUACUCAUCCUCUAUCAAUAACAAGACCACUGUACAGGGAAAAGGAAAGAAAUGCGAACGGGAGGACGAGCUUCUCUGCAGCAAUAAGUUUAUUCAAAUUAUCAUUGUUAUACUUAUCCUCAUCAUGGCGUUCUGCUUAGUGGCAAUGGCGACGUUAUAUUUCUUAGAAUAUCAGAAACGUAGCAGCCUCGAAUGGACCGCGGUAGCCAGCAAUGGAAUGUUGGCUAUCAGACCAGCUCAUCCUUCUGCAGCAUCGAGCACGCCUAAUUACGAUCCUCGGUACAAUUCGUUGUUAGGUAGUACAUUAUCAUCCUCGUAUACUAAACAUGGAUCCUAUAGCAGAGGCUUGGACAGUAGUUUGUCCGUGAAGAGCAACGCGUUUUCUACGCAAGCGCCUCAGACCAAGCAACAGGUUUACUCUCAAGAAAUUACUUGGUAUCCUAUUAGUCAUUCUGGGCCACAAUCAAAACUUGAAAAAAAUAGCGAAUUUCCUGGGAACUGGUUGGGUAGACAUGGCGCCGGUGCUAUUCCUAGUAACGUGGAUGAAAACGAUCAAGGAUCGGAAGUGGAGUCAUCUUUGAACAAGGGUCCAAUUCCAUUAGGCAGACCGUCGAAUUGUCCCAAGCACUUCAGCGAAUUUGAAAAUCCUUGUCGGAUAUUCUGUUGUACAACCAAGAUUCAUCAGUUUGAGGAACCUCAACCUGAUCAUCCUCCGGAAAAGAAAUCAAUUUCAGAUCACAUAGAACAACCAUUGAAUGUAUUCGAGGAAAAACGUAAAAUAAGCAAAAGCUUCCAAAAUGGCAGGCUUCCAUCCGAUCUAAACACGCAGACACUUGUAAAAGAGGUAAAAGAAAAUAAUUACAAAUAUCCGCCUAAAAGGACAAGAAGGGAAACCGGUAGUGGAGAUUGGGCAGAAGUCGCCAGUAACGCUGCAGGAUCAUUACCACCAGAACCAAAGCCACAAUUAUGGAUAGUAGCAGAAAGCUUCAAUACUUCACUCGAUCAAAAGUAUUGUUCCGCGUCCUCACAGGAUACACCGAAUAAUAUAUCUUGCAUCAUUCCUCUGUCCAAAUAUAUGCCAGAUGUUCAACUUACGUUACAUUUCAUUGGGAUGUCUUGGUACGGUCAAGUAGUGCAACAGUGCUCCUCCCCGAUUAGUCCUGGCAUCGAUGAAUCUUUAACCUGCGGCCGAAAAUACACGAUACAACAGCAGGCUCGACUAAAGAUCGAUAUUGAAAGUAACAAUCAACGAGGAGAUCAAUCUUUCCCUCUCGAUGUUGCUCAUUAUCUUAGGAAAACGUUGAGGUUUCGCGUGCCUACUGUACAACCUCAAGAGAAUAUCUGUAAGAACAAACACGGUGUUGAUUAUUCAGAGUACACGUUGUACUUUUAUCGUGACUGCGACGAAUGAUUGCUUUGUUAAUGAUUCACAGAGAAUUUGACACGAAGAGUUUACAUUUCUUUUCGAACAAUCGUUGAAUAUUUAUACAGCAGGACCUACUUGCAGCUUCGUAACAUAUUCCGUCUCCAUUUAGUCUCAAACUAUGAAAUUAUAUAUAUAUAUAUAUUUGCUAAUAUAUCUAUAUAUACAUAUCAAAUAAAUCUAUAAUUGUAUUUUAUAUGUUAUUACGGUGUACCGUGUAGCGUGAAGACUAUGAUGAUCAAUAGGAACGAAUAGGUCUCACAGACUCAAGCAGUAAAUAUAAUGAAAUUUAUAAUUUUCAUUUCGACGUUAGAAAUAGUAUACGUGCUCUUUUGCAUUGAAAGCAUAUGAAUGUUAGUUGAUGGGUGGCAAUUUAAAGUUUUCAUUACUUUUUUUUUUAUAGAAAACAUGAAAACAUGGUAACCACGACACUGUAACAUAUUGUACAAAAUGAAUUAAAUUUAACGAUUAAAUUUUCAAGAUGGCUCAAUGCACAUAUAAUACUUGUAUAUAUACUUAUAUAUAUAAAUUUCUUUCUUUUUUUGGAAAUAAGAGUAUUCCAAAAUCACACCCAUCAACUAUUAUUAAGAAUCAACAUGUGGUUUCAAUUAACUUUAUAUUAUUUAUAUACUCAUGUACAAAAAAUAUUAUAAUUAUCAUUAAUUAUUAUUAUUAUCAAACAAAUAUUCAUACUACAUUAAAAGGAAAAAAAUUUAAGGAUCGAUAUUCCAGUCAAAUUUUGGAAUUAAUUUAUCAAAUAUAUUUUACAUAUACAUAGUCUAUAUAUAUUUUAUUUCAUUAUUAAUCUUUGUCUUAUAAAGGCAAAACAUAUCACAAACGAAGCUAGAAAAAUAACAAAUAGUAUAUUCUCAACAAAAUGAAGAAUUUUAGUGACUCAGAGAUUAUAAAGAUUUUCAACUAAUUACGAACAAUUGAUCGAGAAAUGUCUAUUUGUUAAAAGUGUACAAAGCAAUAAUCGAUAAACUCUUUAUUGACUUUCUUCUUAAGAUCUUGAUCUUGCUUGAUCUUGAAUUUCAUUCGAAUUCGAUUGAAUAUCACAGAAUUUCAAGUUCCUAAAAAAAAAAAGAUAUUUGUAUGAUAAUUGUCCAUCGUAUAGAAUUAGUUACAUACACUUUAUUUGCACCUAUUCUCUAAGCAGUUUAUUCAUUGCAUGCGAGCAGAUCGUCACUAUUCACAUCGAAUCAUUAUUAUCGCUAUCACUAUUAUCGUUGCUAAAUACAAUAUCUGAUAAAAUUAUUAUUAUUAUUAUUACGAUCUGUAAUUAAAUUCAAAUUUAAUCAUCUUUCUAUUCACGGGAUUCCAAGUACUAUUUUAUUAGUAGUUGUCUUACAUCUAGAAAUCUCAAGAAAAGAAAAUGAUAAUUAUGUACAUAUCUAUAAAUAUACAGAGUGUUAAAAAAUCCUAUCGUCAAAUUUCAAGGACAUACAGUAAUUAUCAAAAUAAGCAACAAAUCUUUAAUUUAAAUCCAGUUUGGCAAAGGUGAUUAGUUUCAAAGUCAUAGAAUGUUGUCAAUUAUGAGUCUCUAACAAAAUAAUAAAUCCAUUGUAAUGUAAAAACGACAAAAUGUGUUUAUUGCUGCUUAACACUAGAACUGACAAAGUGAUCAAAUGUAUAAGUGAAAGCUUGUGAAUUCCAUUGUAUAUAAAGUUUCCUCAUUUUUUUACUUUAUAUCUCUGAUAGAAAUUUUAUGUUUUUGAUAAAAAUGUCGAUAAUUCUAGUACUAUGAUAUCAUAUGUUUAUCUGCGAUUAUAUAGUACUGUAUUAUGUAUCCGAUUUUAUAAUAAUUGAUCAUGAAUAGUCAGUAAUUCGAUGAACACGCAAUAGAAUCUAUAUUCUGUUAGAGGUUUGUAAUUGAAACUAUUAUGUAACUAUCACAGCAAUGAUAGUUUGUGCUCGUUUUUGUUAAGAUCCUUCACUUGUUUUUAUAAUUUUUAAUUAAAUGUAUGCUCGUAAGAUUUGGAUGCUCCACUUUUCAGUAUAUUUACAUCUCUGGUCAGAAAUUUCAAUCAUAUUUCCAUUUGUAAAGCUAAGUUUCUAAUUUAUUUUGCUCUCGAGUAAAAAGAGUU